AUGGAUCCCGGCUCUGCCCUGCAGGACUUCCUGCAGCCGCUCCACGUCGACGUCCAAAAGAUUCAUACGCUGUCCCGCCUGUUCUACUCCAACUUCAAGGACCUCGCCCUCAACGCCCACGAUCAAUUCCUCCCCACACCCAUCUCAGAGUCAAUCCUGAGACCCGUCAGCCAGCACGGUCACGGUAGCGGCGGCACAAACCUCAGAGUAGGCUUCGUCGAACUCUUGGGCGCAGAAGCCACCCAUCUCACGACAAACGGCAACAGCCCUCCGACCCUGCGCGUGAAGGAGAAAGCCUGGCCCAUAGACAACGCCCUCAAAGCUGAAUCCUCCGCAUCCCCUCAACAACUCUUCGACUGGAUCGGCAACCGCAUCGCGACCGUCGUCCGCGAAGCCCUCCAAGAAUGGCCAUCUCUAGCAGACGAUUCCUCCGUCCCCUUGCCCUUGGGCCUGACCUUCAGCUUCCCAAUGACACAGAACUCCAUCUCAGACGCGACGGUCAUGACUAUGGGAAAGGGCUUCAGCAUCAAAGGCGACGCCGAACUUGGGCCUUUGAUUCUACGCGGUUACGACAAGGCGCGCGAGACCGAGGAGACCAAUGGAGAUGGCGCCACAACAAAACUCCCACCCAUCCGCAUCGCCGCUAUCUCAAACGACGCCGUCUCGACUCUAAUCUCAUACAUCUACCUCUCCCCUCCAACCUCGAAGGCCUCAAUGGGCCUCAUCGUCGGCACGGGCUGCAACGCCACCAUCCCCCUUAAACUCUCCCUCCUAGGCCCUGCCAAGCAGCCCUCCAACGUCUCCCUCCUCCCCGGAGAAUCCGCCCGCGACGUCCGCAUAGCCGUGAACACGGAAUGGUCCAUCCGCGGCACCGCCCCUCCCCUCCGCGAACUCGACCUCAUCACACCAUGGGACGCCGCCCUCGACGCGGCGCUGCUGGGCCCCGGCGAGAUCACCGGAUUCCAACCGCUAGAGUACAUGACGGCCGGCCGCUAUCUCGGCGAGCUAGGACGCCUGAUGCUGGUAGCGUACCUCGAAUCAACAGGCGUCGACGAGAACACGCUCCCGCCAAAACUACGCGCCAGCUACGGCCUCACGACGACCUUCCUGAGCCAUUUCAAACCCGCCGACGGUUCCACCAUGCUCUCCAAGCUCGAGGCCGAGUUCCCGCCAGACCCAUCCUCCCCCUUCAGAUGGACCGAGGAAACGGCACAAGCGCUCUACGAAAUGGCCAAGGUGAUCGAGCUCCGCGCUGCUGGCAUCGUCGCGGCGGCCACCGUCGCCCUCCUCCGACUCGCCGAAGACAUUCCCGAGCGGGACUCGCUCGCGGACGGCGGCGGCGAGGCGCGGGAGCUCGGCGUCGGGUACACCGGCGGGUGCAUCUCGCACUUCCAAAACUACCUGGCCGACACGCAGAUGUUUCUCGCCGAGAUCGUGAAGCUCGAGUUCGACGGCAGGCCGCCCGUGAAAGUAGUCCUGAGCCCCUGCCACGACGGGGGCAUCAAGGGCGCCGGCAUUCUUGCGGCUGCGGCGGGGGUCAGUGAGAAGCAGGAGGUAUAA